AUGGAUAAGCAGGUGUUAAUGGACAGAGUGGCUAAACUUUUGGUCAAUCUUCUUGGUACUCAAGCCACUGUGGCCAUUCGGGCUAGGUCUUCCUUAAUAGAGAAGAUUCGGGCACAUAAGUUUGAUAACCCACAACUGAGGGUGAUUCAUGAAAGGGUGCUCAGUAGGGAGGAUAGGAAAAAGACCUUAUAUCCAGAGGGCAAUAUCAAGAUUGAGAGUUGUAUCUGUGUUCCCAGAGUUAGAGAUUUGGUCAAAUUGAUUCAUGAGGAGGCCCAUUAUUCCAAAUAUUCCAUUAAUCUUAGUGCAGCAAAGAUGUAUCUUGAUCUACGGCAGCAAUACUGGUGGUGUAGGAUUAAGCGGGACAUUGUAGCUUUUAUGGCCAGGUGCUUAAACUAUCAGCAGGUUAAGUUCGAGUAUCAGAGACCAGGUGGUUUGACCCAGCUAUUACCCAUUCUAGAGUGGAAGUAA